AGCUGCCUUCCUAGAGAGGACAGGAAGCAAGGGGGGCAGGUCCUCCAGAGCCAAGGCCCCUCCCUCCCCAGUCCUUUCCUGCAAGGAAGGGGGGGGUGUUGCUUUGGUGUCUCUCCUGCAAGGGCCGAAUCGCAGCCCCCUCCUGGGAUCUGGUGAGUCCAUAGCUGUCAACUUUCAGAUUUGAAAAUAAGGGAUCAGCAGCCUCACCUAUCUACCAAUCCGGGAUAGCAGCAGGAAGCAGCGGGAAACGGCGCUGGAAUAAGGGAAUUUCCCCCCCAAAAAGGGAAGGUUGACAGCUAAGGGAUUUGCUAGAGCUUCUCAUUUAGACGGACAGAACUUGGCAGAAGACCAAAAGGUUCCUUCCGAUCUCUCAGAGGCUUCCUGAGAACACAGAUGGAUGUGCGAGACUCAGCUGGCCCUAGAGCAGGAGGAGGUCAUGCCAACCAAACUGGGAGCAGUGGGGGGUUCUGGGAAAACUCUGUGCAGAAGAUCCUGGGUGAGGAGGACACCCUCCGCUCAGAGGUGCAGAGCCAGCAGUUGAGGCAGUUCUGCUGCCAGGAGGCCAAAGGACCCCGAGAGGUUUGCAGCCGACUCUACCACCUUGACCAUCAGUGGCUGAAGCCAGAAAGGCACACGAAAGCUGAGAUGCUGGACCUGGUGAUCUUGGAGCAGUUCCUGGCUGUCCUUCCCCUGGAGAUGGAGAGCUGGGUGAGGGACUGUGGAGCGGAGACCAGUUCGCAGGCGGUGGCCCUGGCCGAAGGAUUCCUCCUGAGUCAGGCAGAGGAGAGAAAGCAGGAAGAGAGAAAGCAGGUGAGAGAGACUUUCCUCUGGAUACUCCCAAGGGGCUCCAAACAGGACAGAGAACAUCCCAUAAUGGUCUGCUGAUGGCCCAUCCUUUUUCUGGGAAAGCAUCCAUGGAAUGAGAUCUAACACCCUUCAAGUCUUUGUCAUUCUCUUUCUAGUAUUUCUCCCCAUUCCCUGUUUUGAAUCCUUGUUUCUUUUUCAGGGAAAGGAUCUCUUUGCACAAAUGGACCUGGAUUCCUGUGAGGCAGAGAGGCCUCCGUUGGACACCAGAGAGAGGCCACUGGGUGACAGAAGGAUGCCGGCAAGACCUCCUGAUCCGCCUUUUCAUGGGGGCAGAAGGGAAGCAGCAGCUGUGGAACCAGAUCAGGGUCCAGUGUGCUUUGAAGAUGUCGCUGUUCGUUUCACAGACGAGGAGUGGGCGUUGCUGGAUCCUGAUCAGAGAGCUCUGCAUAAGGACGUCAUGGAGGAGAAUCGUGGGAUCGUGGCCUCUCUUGGUAAGGCUCCCUGUGGGAUCGUCCUAUCUGCCUGGAAAUUCAAAAAAUACGUCUAUGGACCAACCUCAUAUAUUUUCACAGAGUUCAACAGCGCCCCCUAUAACACCUGGGAACCUAACACCCCCACAAUAAACAGUAACUUACAGUUUUUUCUUUGAACAAUCUUCUUCCAAAUAUUUCUUUUUCUACCACGAUUGGGCUGGUGUGAACUUCCCAGGCCAUCUUCAGUGUCAGCUUCAACCUUCCACAAUUUUGACCACUGCUAUAUAUCAGACAAAACAACAUUCAACAACUCUUCAGAAUCUAAUAAUAAAUUUGUUGGUAAAAUGACAAACAACACAGGUAAUGA